GAGCAGCCUGAAUGGGGUUCCUGCUGAUUUAAUGGGCUCUAAGCUCCCUUUGGAGCAGAAGAGUCAUGGCCCUAGAAGAGGGAGUUUGCCCCUCUGCUACCAAGUUAGGAGAAUUUUGGAAUCUCCACCAAGAGACGUGCCAAGGAACUCAGGGGCUUGGGGGUCCAUCCUGGGACACACAAAUUAUUCUUCUCCUUCCAUGGAGAGAUCCAUCCUCUCCUAAUGGACCCUCUAAACUCACCAAUUUAGAGAGAAAUGCUGAAUCCCUGCUGCCAGCCACAAAACCCAGUGGAUCAGCUCACCUCAGAGUCCCAGGGAUAAGGCCAGAUAGAGCACCUCUGUGCACAUGCAAAAGCAAAUGGAAACACUAAAUUUCAAUCCCUACUCAAACAAUUUCUCCCCAAGACUACCUAUCACAGAAUGUUUAAGGUUCCCACCCUCUCAAACACACCUCAGGGGGCUUUUUUUUCACUCCAGCCACCCUUCACUGCAGUGACUGCCAGAACUCAAGCUAACUUUUAGGGCUCCAGUGCCAGGCCAGGAGUGGGGAACUGCCUCGGGAUGGGGAUUUACCAGAGGCACAACCUUUAGAGCCACUUGCUCUACGGUGCCAGACACGAGCCACGACAGGGACCAGGCAGAGGAGAAAGGAGGAGGCUCUCCAUCUUGAGGUUCCACAAGGAACAAUUUAUUCCAGGAGAAGGGAGCAGGACGAAAAGCCCCUUGCUCUAUUGUGCAAGGGGUUUUGUUCAGAUACAAGUCAGGGGGUGGAUACAAACAGGUAACUAAUAGGGAAUCCUCAGGGAAGAAGUGAGGGGAUUACAUCAAGUGUCUGGGGCCAGUUGGGGUAGGAGGGUGGAAAGGAUGGCUCACAUGGGCACAUGAGGCUUCCAGAGUAGAAUAAUUCCAAAGGGGCGUUGCAGACACGGAUUGACCUGAGGUUUGAGUGGCAGAGAAGGUUCAGGAACAAAAGGGGCCGGGUUGCCUUGACAGGCAGGGAAAGAGCUGGAACAAGGGGUGGGGAAUGGCAUGAGGGACAGCUUUGAGGGAGGGUAAAACCCAGGGGCAAACCAACUCGGGGAGAACAGGGGGGUAUGACAGAACUAAACGCUUAACAAGGAAUCAAUAAAAUAAAAUCAAACUGCAACACUUCACUACAACCAGAGCCACGGCCUGGAAUGAAAGCAUCUUUCCAUGUACCGAAUCUAUAGAGAGGCUGAUUGCUUUCUGUGAGCAAGAUUUCCCUCUCAAGAGCAGUACAGUCCUACCAAGAUUUUACCAAAAGAUGGAUGGGAAAGCUCCCCGACUCUGACUGUCGCCUUGGGCCAGUCCCAGUCCUCUGUGGCGGUGUCCUCACGGCCUUGUGUUGCAAGAGGAAAAGGAAAGAAAACCUGGUACUGAUUGUUUCCCUGUCUCAGACCACCUGGGUGGGAGGUUGGAUCUUCUCCCAGCAGCUUAUUCCAAGCUUUACAGAUCCUUUGUUUAUUCUCUCCAACUCUGCUACAAUUUGUGUGACCAUUCAAGGAGCCUGUAACUCUCAGAGCCCAAAAACAAAAGGAAGAGGUUGGACCCAUCAACUGAAAAUCAAAACAGCUCUGAAUUUCAGAGCAGGUCUAAGCUUGCUCUUCAUUUACAGUUAAUCCUUAGAGCAACAAAGGCAAGUGAUCCCCAGGCGUAUGAGCCAUGUCUGACAAGAAAGACUCCAGGCCCUGCCACCACUGCAAGAGCAGGUCAGCAUCAGUCCCAACAGACACCUCCAUUAUCCACUAUGAGAAGUUCUGGCUGUACCGUCACUGCUCUUCGGUGCAGCAGAGGGACCAGCAAGCUCAGAAGGCUGGGCAGCUCUUCUCAGGGCUGCUGGCCAUGAACGUGGUGUUUCUGGGCAGCGCCUUCAUCAGCAGCAUGAUCUUCAACAAUGUGGCCAUCACUCUGGCAGACGUCUGGAUCUUCCUCUCCAUCCUCAAGGUCUUGUGCGUGUUCUGGAUUAUUUACUACCUGGUGGGCACCAGCCGGCAGCCACAUGCGGUGCUCUACCGGGACUCCCACGCCGGAGCUAUCUGGGUUAGGGGUUCAGUGCUGCUGUUUGGCAGUUGCAGCGUCCUCCUGAACGUGUUUCAGAUUGGCUACAGCACAGUCCUCGUCCAGUGCAAAUCCAAGGUGGAAAUUGUGUUCCCUGUCAUUGGAAUCCUUUUUAUUUGCACUCAGGCUUACUUUCUGUGGCAUCACUCUAAGGACUGCAUUCAAGUCCAGCACAACUUCACCAGGUGUGGGCUGAUGGUCACCAUAGCCACCAACUUUCUUGUCUGGCUCCUGGCCGUGACCAAUGACACCCUGCACAUGGAGAUUGAGUCUCAGCUGCGCGAGGUGGAGCGGCGAUUCUCAGGCAAUGAGACUGCCUUGUGCACAUGCCCAAACACGACCGUCUGCAAAAUCUUCCAGAAGGGCUACAUCCUGCUCUACCCCUUCAACACUGAGUACUGCCUGGUCUGCUGCUCCGUGCUCUACGUCAUGUGGAAGAACGUGGGGAGACGCAUCAGCCACCACCACACCCUGGAUACCAAGCCCAAAUUCAAGCUCCAUGGGGUGGUCUUUGGGCCAGUGCUGGGCACCAGUGCUGUAAUCAUUGGUGCUUGUAUCUUCAUGAUGUACCAGAUCCAGGCCACCAGCUUAGACCCCAGCCGCCACGUCUUUGUGAUCUAUUAUUCCUACUAUAUUGUGCUCCUGCCCCUGAUGUGUGCGGGUGCUGUGAUUGGGACAAUCAUCCAUGCCUUGGAAAAAAAGGAGCUGGACACGGUGAAGAACCCAACCCGCAGCCUGGACGUGGUCCUGCUGAUGGUGGCGGCUCUCGGCCAAAUCUGUAUGUCCUACUUCUCCAUUGUGGCCCUGGUGGCCACCAACGCCAAGAACCCGCUAAACAGCCUCGCCCUGGCCUACUCUGUCCUCCUCAUCUUUCAGAACAUCACCCAAAAUGUUUUUGUCAUCGAUGGGCUCCACCGGCGGCACAUUGUAGCAGCAGCUGAGGCCAAACAUGCCGGACGCUCCGAGCAGUACACGGUGGCUGUAGAGCUGCCUGGGGAAGAGGAGACCACGCUGAGCAGCAAACAGGAGCACAGCCAGACACCUCCUGGCAAGGAGGAAGACACUAAGGAAGAGCAAAAUCAAGAAGCCAACAGCCAGAGACGAAUGAGCAUGCUGGAGCUGGGACAGGAGAUCCGGAAAGCUUCCCUGUCCUACAUCCAUACCUACUCUCACCUGAGCUGGAAGAGAAGAGUAUUGAGGGAGAUCUCGUUCUUCUUAGUUUUGUGCAACAUCAUACUGUGGGUCAUACCAACGUUUGGGGCUCACCCCCUCUUUGAGAAUGGAAUGGAAAGGUCGUUUUACGGCUACUCCACCUGGUUUGUGAUCGUGAACUUCGGACUCCCCUUUGCUGUGUUUUACCGCAUGCACUCAGUCGGGGGGCUCCUGGAGGUCUACGUGACAGCCUGAGCCAAGCUGGACCCCCACCCCAGGGGCUGGGGAGAAUCAGUGAUGCUGAACAAAGAUGCAGUAAGCAGUAGAUAUGCAUAUCGAAGCUUCUAAGACUUUUUCCCUCCAGCUUCUGCUUGGACUUCUUGUACAACAUCACAGUGAAUUUAAGAGGUUCUUUAAUAUUAUCCUUUUCCACCAUAGAGAAUAGACUCAAAGCCCAUAAACAAGCUCUCACUGCUCUCAGGAAUCACACAUGCAGUCAGCAGUCUGCCAGUGGAUACUGUUUGGCAGCAAAUGGGACUUUAACAACUCCUAUUGAGAUCUUCCAGAUAAAAGAAUGCAAGGGCAACCUUCAGCAAAAGCAAUGAAGACUGGCCUACACCAAUUCAGAAAAUCAAAAGCAAUCAAAAAAUAAAAGCUAUUACAUGACCUUGCCUUACUGAGAAUAAACACUACUUCUUCCUACAGGCACUCCCAGAGCCUCAGGUGGGAAUCAUUAGGGAGGUACUGUGGGUGAUCUUCACACACCAUGGAUGAUGUUAUCACUGGUGUGGACUAGCCAAGGUCCCAUCCUUGUACAAGGGCUAGUUCAAGAUCAAGUCACUGCCACAUCCACUGUGAAUCUUUCCCCACCCCAACACGUUGGCCCUUGCUGCUGCCUUGCACACUCACAAACCUUUCUCGAGGCUACCAUGCACAAAGGAAGGCAGCCACAGUGAGGUGCCUGAUCAAAGACCCAUUAGGAUGUGUUCCAUAAGGAUGCUUGCUUUGAAAGCAUGUGGGAGAGCAAGGGGCUUGUGACUAUGGGUCCUAAAUCCAGAGCCUGAUGAACCAAAAUAAAGAGAUUGAAUUUU